AUGGGACAGUCUUCCUCUACGCAAAGAGACCAACGCCACACUAGCCCUCACGAUUACUUUGUACCAUUUCAAUCACAACGUCGCCAGGAAAAUAGGGAUGAAGAGAUGAACAAUAGACAGAACUUUGAGCAAGCUGGGGAAUUCAGCUCCCCGGGGACAGAACUCAAUAACGAUGGCAUGCCGAACUUCCCGCCGGGAUCGUCGGAAUUAGGAUCGGAGACAUGGCAGCCAUCAACAACCCUAAACGGCGGAUCGGCAGGACCAGGACAAAUGAGAAGCAUUCGAGAAGAAGACGGAUCGCAGGCUGAAAUUGGCCAACGGGAAUAUCGCUCAGCAAUUGCCCGCAUGGCUGCUAGAAGGCAGUCCACUAUGUCAAGGCUUGGAUCCAGGAUUCUCCCAAACUCAGUAAUACGUGGCCUUCUUAGCAGCGAAGAGGAAACGCCCGCCGAGGGUCACGCUCAUCGCCAUGGCAUCGUAUCGAGAACCAUCCCGAGGUCCGAAACUACUCAUAGCAGUAGCCGUUUCAGUCCUUUCAGCUCGCUUGGUUCGAGAGGCAUCACGAGACGACGCUCGAUUCGUGGGCCUUAUUUCAUUCCGCGUAGUGAUCCGGCCCUGGGAUCUGACCCACCUUUGAAUCCUACUCAUUUUGAGUCUUCCACUGAGCGCGCCCCUGAUUCUGGCAGAGGAUCCUGGCGUCGAAGCGUUCGAUUAAAUCGUGUUCGGAACUCAAUAUCAACCCCGAUCUCUCAUAUGUUUGGCCAACCGUCAAAUAGCAUCUCAGGUCAAACCACUGGAAGUGCGCCGCCUUAUGCACCCACGCACUCAUUAUCCAGUGCCGAUUCUGAUCCAUUUCUUCCCCACCCAAGAUCCAUGGACACCAGUAUGGAUUUUGAUGAACCUCAUGAACUAGAUUCCGUUGAGCCAGCAAUUGGAAGCACUCGCCCGACGUCUCCCAUCUCAUCGCAAUCUGCACAUGGACCUUCUGGAAUUCGACCUUUCCCGGGUAUUUUACGAGCACGGCCUUCCCGGGUUUUGCGGCGAGAGGAACAAACACCUUUGUCGCGUGUCCUCCAGCUGGCUGCCGCUGCCAUAGCCGCCCAACUUUCCGGUACUACUGGCCCAGUCCUACCCAACAUCCAGGCUUUAGGAAACGAUGGGCUGGAUGGCUCAUUGGAAAACUUCAUACAGAGCCUGCAGCACGCCACAUCGACACAGACUAAUUCUACAACGCCGAAUGAUCCUCCAAACUCCCCAGGGGAUAAUGGACCAUCGCCUCCGGUGAACUUUUUGCGAGUUUUCCGCUUUGCUAACUCCGAAUCCCCGAGAGCCCCUGCCACACCAAAUCGCCCUGCAACAGAUUCCGAUAAUCAGGGCAGCCAGCCAGAUGGAAUGGAUGUCGACAAUCCCAUGGAUGGCCCUGAAGGACGCACUGUCACUCUGGUUGUAGUAGGUGUGAGAUCUGUCCCAUCAAGCCCUGGAUCCGGCAGCGAACAGCCCGCUACACCAGGUCCUGGUCUAGACGCUUUAUUACGAUUGCCAUUUUUGUCGCCGGGAAAUGCACCACGGAACCACGACAAUGCCACAGGCUUGCCUCCGCGUCCUGAUGGCCGAUCCAGAUUAGCUCCCCACCGCCCUCAAGUUGGGGGCCCUAGUUCCUUAGCUGCUAGUAACGACACUACUCACCAGCAUGGGCUUCCAAGCACAGCCCGCAGGCUUUCUGAUGCUGGGGUUCGCAGCCCAGUUUCGUCGCUUCCUACUUCUUUGUCUGAAAGUCCUCCGGGGCCUCAUCCUCCCCCUUCAACGCCUGCUGAACCGGGCCUUUCAGCGGUUUCCUCAGGCGCUUCAACCCCGAACCGCAGACCGUCAUCUGCAUCUGCAAUGUCACCCAAUACUUUGCCCCAGCUCCACGAAAAUCAAUCUUUGCAACCCAGUGUUGAGCCCACUGAAGACAGUGUUCCGUUGAAUACGGCCCGCCAACGCCGACGCAGUGAUUCUGAAUUUGCUCGCCAUCGUGAUCUUGGGUCAGGCGCGGUCAGGCGCAACGGUGUUGUUGAGCCUGACAACUCAACUCCCCCUGCAGGCCGAAGUUGGCUAAUUUACGUUGUCGGAACAAAUCUUUCGGAGAACCACCCUGCUUUUGCAACCCCAAGCCUCUUCACUGAUAACCCAACCUACGAAGAUAUGAUUUUGCUUUCGUCACUCCUAGGCCCAGCGAAGCCGCCUGUUGCCACUCAGGAGGACGUCAGUACUGCCGGUGGCUUAUUCCGUCUCGUGGAAUACGCUGGAUCAUUGGUCGCGGAGUCUUUGGAUGGUGCUGGCGCCAUUCAGAUUCCCGAUGGCGAUCGUUGUCUGAUUUGUUUAAGUGACUAUGAACCGGCCGAGGAGUUGAGAGAACUGGACAAAUGCAAGCAUAUCUUCCACAGAGAUUGCAUAGACCAGUGGUUGACAACGGGGCGUAACUCUUGCCCGCUCUGCCGAGGCCAGGGCGUAGCUGAAACGUCCAACACUAACCCAACACCAGGCAUGCAGGGCGCUACAGCCUGA